AUGAAUCAGUCUUUCUUGUUCUCAGACACAGGCAUGCCCCCUGAGCUCCCGUGGAUAGACUGCAGUGAUGAGAAGUUGCUGGACAAAUUCUGGUCAGUCAGCGAUGGUGACCUUGGAGGUAGCUCGACAUGCACGCUCGAGAGAUCAGAAGAAGGACACAUACGAUUCUAUGGAAAUACGCAGCUCACGAUAAUCCAUCGAGAGGAAGAGCGCAAGCCAGGCUUCUGGACCAGCUUCGUCAAACCUCCGGGCCCGAAACUUUCCAAGUCGGGGUUUGCGGGGUUUUCAAGCAAGCCGUUCGAGCUUGUAGAUGACAUCGACAACUAUAACGUGAUCCUUCUCAGGCUAAAGGCAGACGGGCGGAUGUAUUACUUCAACAUCCAGACUGAGUCCCUUCCCGGCGACUCAGUGUUCCGAGCCGAAAUUCAGACGAAGCCGGGAGUAUGGCAGACAGUCCGACUGCUCCCUCGACACUUCCGGCUCGUGUCUCACGGCGUCCCCUGCUUGUCGACACCGAGGAUGAACUGGCGCUGUGUGAGGACAGUCGGCAUGGCGAUCAAUGACGGGAAGGAAGGGCCAUUUGACCUGACGUUGGAGAGCUGCAAGCUCAACUUUGACGAACGUGUGGAGCUGGUUGACGAUACAUGA